AUGUGGUCGGCAUUUGAUGGUGAGGUGUUCCAGAUCGGGAGAACGAAAGGACUUCCUUUUCUGCAAGACACCCUUGAUGCCCUGUUUAACAUUAUGAUGGAGAACUCAGACAGCGACACGUUUGACACCCUGGUGUUUGAUUCCUUGGUAUUCAUAAUUGGACUGAUUUCAGACAGGAAGUUUCAGCACUUUAACCCUGUCCUUGAAACCUACAUCCGCAAGCAUUUCAGUGCUACUCUGGCGUACACGAAGCUGACCAAGGUCCUGAAGAACUAUGUGGAGAAUGCAGAGAGGCUGACAGAACAGCUGCUGAAGGCCAUGAAAGCUCUGGAGUACAUAUUCAAGUUCAUAGUGCGCUCCAGGGUCCUCUUCAACCAACUGUAUGAGAACAAAGGAGAAGCAGACUUCAUGGAGUCCUUGAGGAAUCUCUUCACUUCCUUCAAUGAAAUGAUGAACCUCAACUCUGAGAACACAGGCAUGGUGAAGUUCCCAUCCCAUGUCCACUAUGUGUCCAUAUGUAUCAUGCUCCCCUAUGGGUAA